AUGUCUGCUGCGCUACAUUUUUUUCUUAAUGAUUUUGUUCCAGCACAUAAAACUGAUGAUUUCGUUGAUCUAUCUGAUCUAGCGGAGCAUUUAAAAAACUUCACACCGAUUCCAUUGAAAUAUACAAAACCUGAAGAAGCUAUUCAAAAUCUGGCGACGGUUAUUAUCAUGAAUUUUUGCAAUAAUUACGGUGAAAGAUUGAAAAUCUCACUUCCGUGCAGUACACAUAACAAAAAUGAAUAUGCCGUUGUGGCUCACCGUAUUACUCUUUAUGAAAAUCGAAAACUUAUUUGCCCAGGUUAUUAUGGCACGGUUGGUUCCAGCCGGUUAGGUUCGUUUUCCGACCAUUUUCUCACCGCCGGAUUCCAGCCGGAACUUGCUGGUAUCGGCGAAAACUGUGUCAGAAUCGAGAAGAGCUGUACCGGAACCGACUCAGAUCUCAACGGAUCCAAAGAAUGGAAAUCUGUUGCGUGGAAAACGAUCAAUCAUCCUCAAAUUAUCGAAGUAAUUGAAGGUUCGAUACGUGAGAUCUUUGGUUCGAAUACAGAAAUCAAGAAAAUCGUGCGAACUCCAAUGCAGAUACAUUUUAUUUCAAUUGAUUAUCCAUCAUUACGUGGAUUUUCUGGUAUAAAUGAAAUGUUUAUCAAUGAAAACUAUUUUUUAACAAAGAUCAAUUCAUGCAAAUCGAAUAGUUCUUUAUCGAACUCGAUGUUAAAAAUGGAUUUAGCAGCAAUAGCGUUACACGAAUGUGUUCAUGUUCGAAUAAGACAAAAAAUAAUUAUUGAUUGUAUCUGGUAUUUUCAAAGCGAAAAAAAAGACAUUAUCUGUUUAGCAACCGAAUUAAAUCUUUUCCACGAACAAAUUGAUUGGUUUCAAUCAAUUGAUACAAUCAAUGCACAUUAUGUGGAGAAAUUUCUCGAUGCAAUUGAAAAUGGAACACAUCUACCAUCACUUACAAAAAACGAUGGAGCUAUUCCACGUCAACCAUCAACAACUAUGGGUGUUGAUAUAAUCAAUGAUAUGUUUAUCUGUUAG